AUGACGGAGAUCGGAUGGGGUAACAUUACGGGGCUAUACGAAUGGCUAAACCGGCUGGAGGUUACUUGCGAAUUGAAGAGAUUACAGGAGAUAGGUCCAAAUGGUUGCCCGAGACGGCGAGGUCGACAAACUUAUACCCGAUACCAGACCUUGGAACUGGAAAAAGAAUUUCACUUCAAUCAUUACCUUACAAGACGGAGAAGGAUCGAGAUCGCUCAUGCUCUGUGUCUCACAGAGAGACAGGUGAAAAUCUGGUUCCAGAACAGGCGGAUGAAGCUGAAGAAGGAGAUGAGGGCGGUGAAAGAGAUCAACGAACAGGCAAGAAGGGAGAGAGAGGAACAAGAGAGACUUCGGAGGGAACGAGAACGGAGAGAUGCCUCGGGGUCCCUCAUGCCUACAAUGACACCUUUAUCGAUCCGCAAAUGA